ACGCUCUGUCCGCUCACGCAAGCACGCACCGCUCCUGUCCGCAAGAAGGACCGACCGCCGUGCUGUGUUUGCGCGCUUGUCGCGCGGCUGGGAUUACACGUGCUGUCAACUACGCAUUGAUUUCCUCUUCUACGACGGCUCUGCUGUCUUCGCUUCUGGCGGACAACCACGAUAACCAUGCGGAUAGCGUUGGUGUUGGCGCUGAUGCUGGGCGCCGCGUCGGCCGGCGAUGACAAGGACGACGACAGCUUCUCCAUCGGCCUGGGCGUGCUGUCACCGUCCUACCGGCAGAAGAUCGGCCCCGACGGAAACACCAAGGUCGACUUCAACCAGGAGAAGGACGGCUUCUCCUUCUCCGUGAGCAGCGGCGAGCCGAACGCCAAGACUGCGUCGGGCGGCGUGAAGCCUUACUCGCACAUCACCUUCAGCCAGCAGUUCCAGGACCCGGCCGCCAAAAAGCACGCCGGGGCCGGAGGCGCCGAGCUGCAGCAAGUUGCCCAGCACCAGCCUGCGCAAUACACAGGACAGCAGGGGCAGUACGGAGCCCAAGCCGGUGGCGCCGGAGCUGCCCAGUACGCCGGCGUUGCACCCCAUUACGCCGGUGGAGCGCCACAGUACUCCGGAGGAGCGCCACAGUACUCCGGAGGAGCUCCUCAGUACGGUGGUGGAGCUGCCCAGUACGCCGGUGGAGCUGCCCAGUACGGCGGUGGAGCUGCCCAGUACGCGGGUGGAGCUGCCCAGUACGCGGGUGGAGCUGCCCAGUACGGCGGUGGAGCUGCCCAGUACGCCGGUGGAGCUGCCCAGUACGCCGGUGGAGCUGCCCAGUACGCCGGUGGAGCUGCCCAGUACGCCGGAGUCGGCGGCCUUGCACAGUACGGAGGUGCGCCCGCUCCGGAAGUUCAGUACGCGGCCGCACCGCAGGUGCCAGGCUACGGAGGCGGCAACUCACUGGCUGCGUUUGGCAGCUCUGGGUAUGGCGCUGCGGCGCCCCAGCAAGGCGGGGCACUGAAUACGGACCAGAACGCUGCCCUGGCAGCCGUACAGCAAGUGCUGAACGCUGAACGACAGCGGCAGCACGCCUCUCCCCAGGCCCAGGCAUACACGGCGCCUCAGGCCCAGGCAUACGCCGCACCGCAGGCACAGGCGUAUGCUGCGCCGCAGGCCCAGGCGUACGCUGCGCCGCAGGCCCAGGCCUACGGUGCGCCGCAGGCCCAGGCGUACGGUGCGCCGCAGGGCACGCAGGGCUUCGCUCUGCCCCAGCACCUUUUCGCAGCGGCACCGCAGCAGUCUUAUGCCGCGCCUCAGCAGUCGUACGAAGCGCAGCAGCAGCAGCAGCCGGCCUACAGCCCCGGCGUUCACGGCAGCGGACAGGCCUUAGCUUUCGCCUAUGGCGGCGGAGGAGCCCCUGGCGCCUCCGCCAGCGACGCGGGAGGCUACCAGCCACACGCUGGAUACGGCGGCGUGCCCUCGGCCGGCGUCACGGUAUCCGGCCCCAAGUAUGGGGCACAUAUCUUUGGUCCGGCGCAAGUCUUUGCCCCUCCACCCGGUGCCGGUCAGGGUUACGGUGCCGGUGCUAGCGGUGCCGCCUCCGCUCUUCAGGGCGGCUACAACGGUGGCGCGGCGGCAGCUGGUUACGGCGGUGGCGCAGCGGCGGGAGGCUACAACGGCGGCGGCAGCGCGGCAGGCGCUCCUCGGGGCGUCGCUCUGCAGACAGGCCCUGGAGGAGUCAUCACCGGAGCUGCCCUCCAAGGAUACGGAGGCAGUUCGUCGGCGGGCGGCCUGCAGUCUUAUGGCGGCGGACCUCUCGCUGGUGCGGCCUACCAAGGCUACGGCGCGGGAGCUGGCGCGGCUCUUCAAGGCUACGCCGCGGGAGCUUCUCAAGGAGUCUCGUACAGCCCCACCGCAGCGGCUUACGGCGGUGCCCAGCUGGCCGGACAGGGAGCGCCCGGCGUCCACUAUGCCUCCGGUUCGACGCUCAGGCUACAGGCGGCUCCAUACGCGGCUGCUCUGACUGCCGCCGGUCAAGGAGCGCGCGCCGGUGGAUACGCAGCCGGGGGCCCUGGGGGAUACGGCGCCGCUUCGUCCGCCCAGGCAUACACGCCUCACGCUCGGCCCGGCUACAAGGACAAAAAAUGAAGCCCGUCAUGAUAGCGCUUUUUUAUUGCUUUUUUUCUCAAGGGAAGCUCUAAGAUAACUACAACAGGACGGUUUGAACUGCCGCUCGCUAAUGCCGUCAUCGGGGCCAAAACAGCGACCCUGUAUUUAUUUUGUCCAUGUCGCGCUGUUUGUAGUUGCGACUGUUCGAAUCGUCCUGUCUUUCGCGCGGCGUUGGUCGCUUUAAGUUUGUUUUUUGUUUUCUCGUUUUGGCGAGACCUGUCAGUUGCACAAUAGAACACGCGUUUGCUGCUGCCCAAAGCUGGCCGAAGCUGACGCGGAAUGUGACCCGAAAACUUAGUAUUCCCAACAGUAUCGAGCUGAAUUUUUUUACAAAGCUAUUGUAGCCCGUCAUGAAGGCUUGAUUUCGAAACAGCGCCGCGCCGUCGUAUUUAUCAAGAAACAUUCUGCGCAUGGCAAUUUGUGUACUCAUAACAUUUUCUUGAUUAAGACCGCCUCAUCGGGCUGCUUACUCCCCUUCCACCUCUCUCUGGCGCCUACACAUUUAUCAACGGCAUCUUCAGUCGAGUCUUUUACGCGAUAGACGAGCUUUCAUGCACUCCUUGAUGACAUCGUGCAUUCAAACGGCCCUGUAGUGCGAGUCCGUUGUUCACAAACCACGCCAUUGCAGUCGUUUCGCAAACUCACUGACGAAGAAAGCGCUGCGCAGCUCCGACCAUGAUAUACUGUUCCGCUCAAACAGCUUGGCGCUGAAACCAGCAUAGAAGUGAUGGGAACUGUUACAUUGACGUCGGGCUUUGUCGGGCGAUUGGCUUAGUCGAGCCUGUACUUGCGGCUUCUUUCAUCGUGCCCUUUAAUCUACAUUUUGCUGCCAGAUCGCACCACAGUGCUAGUUUACGGUAGUGAAAUGUUUAACGUUGAGUAGAAGUUACUUAUUUCAUAACUCUUCGCACAUUGACUCUAUGAUGAUUGAUCAUUGUACGCUGUCGUCCUUCAUGUAGCUAAACUUGGGCAAUGCUUCCACUGAUCGUUAAAUCUGGGUGCCAUUUCAAGAGCUACGAUUAUAAUAGCUAUAUUGUUUAGUUUCCUUCCAUUUUUUUCCUUAUCGCCUCAGAGUCUACUUGGAUUGAAGCUUCGAAAAAAUUGAAGUUAUUGCUGGAGUUCGUAUUAAUCUUGUCAUUGCGAGUAAGAAAGCUGCGAUAGUAGAUUACCUGAAGCUACAAGGACGUCCGAAGCAGAAUUAAGCACACAGAUGACAAUAUUCUCCUGGUGUGGUCGAGCCUCGCGCCUCCCGCGGGGGGGGGGGGGG